CAAAAUGUCAAAAAUAACCUCAAUUCAGACCUCGACGAAACUUCACAAUAUUUUACAUAUUAGCUCCAAAAUAAAUAUUUUUUAGUUUUUCUUUGUAUAAAAUUUCAAAUAUUAAUUUUGAUAAUAUUUGUUUCUGUUACGACUAGACGAGACAGUAAUGAAUACAUCUGCUCUAAGAUUAGUACAGUUGCAGAAUCCUUUAGGGAAUUUAUUAUCACCAGCGCUCGCUUCGCAAAUACACACAUCAUCUCCACUAUGCCGAGUUGUGUCUGGAAAAUAUCGCAUAACCAAGAAAAGGGACAGACCGCUUACUUACGAAAUGGCGAACCCGCCACACUAUAUCGCUCAUAGGAAAUCGUGGAACUCUUGGAAUACAUCAAAUUUAAAGGAUGGCCUCAGAAGAUCUGAGACAGCAGUGGAAGAUGAAUUCAUUCGACGAUUCAUGACAGGCACAUGGCAUGGUCUUGUUUGUAGUGAAGUAAUAAUUAAACGCCAAUUCAACCAUAUAAGGGUGGCAGCAAUCAUAAGAAGGGCCGUGUCUCCAACAAAAAUGUACUUUCUUCUUGGCUACACUGAAGAACUGCUUGCAAACUGGCUUCAGUGUCCGGUCACACUUGAGAUACAAACUGUAGAUAGUUUCCAAGAUGUUGUCUUUAAGUACAUUUAAUUGUCGAAACAAUUUGUAGUGUAUAUGUAUAUAGAUAAUUUAAAAAUAGAAUUUAAAAUUUAUAAAA